UUCUUGCACAUCGUGUCUUCACGUCGAGUCCUCGUCCUGUCAUUGCUUCUCUCUCUCUGCGGCUCACUCAACACACACUCAGCGAUGAAUACCUUUUGGAAAACGGUGACUGUGCUGAUUUCCUUCAUCGCAGCUGCUCAGUGUCUCAACUGUCGUCAGUGUCCUCUCGGAAUAUUUGGGAAAUGCCUGUUUGGAAAAGAUGUCACGUGUAACAAUGGGACGGAGCAGUGUUAUACCGGAGAAGCACAGUUCAAUGCCACAGGGUCACUCACGCUGCACACCCGCGGCUGCCUGGACUCAGACUUGUGUGGGAAAACUCUGACCGGCAGCAUCCUGGGCGCUGCUUACACCAGCAAUUUCAAGUGUUGUAACACAGAUCAGUGUAACGGAGCCUCCUCGGUCCAGAUUUCUCUGAGUGUGGCGCUGAGUGCCGCCAUGCUGGCCUCUCUCUGGGGCACCUGGGAGUUGUAGUUUCACACGGUUUGUUUCCCUCGUCUCCACUGUUGUUAAAAGGGUUUGUAAAGUGCUAGUAAAAGAAAGUCUGUAUUCCUGCAUCCGUUCAUUAUACUGUUGUAACUAACGCUUUAAAUUAAACUGUGUCCAAUGUUGAGAACCCUUUUCUGACACUGACAAGGACACUGUCAUUUUCAUAAAAUCCAUGCGUCAUCAUUGUUAAAAAAAAAUCUGAUUGUUGUUUUUAACAUAAAAUAAUAAUUUAGUUUAUUGAGUGCCAUCGACGAUUCUGAUUUAUUUAAAGCUCCACUGUGUCAUUUCUUUUGCUGAACCACUGAUGAACCGGGGUUAAUUCUUAACCUAAAGUUCUCUUCAUACAUUCCUUUCACCUCACUUGUUUUACAGAAACCAGGAUUAAUUCCUUUGUUAAGUUUAAGUUUGCUGCCAUCUUACUUUACUAGAAUAGCUAUUAUGCUUCUGUCCAUCAGUCUGUGUCAUCACAGGCACAAAAACAAAACAUUACAACCACUUUAUUUGGUGUCUUGUACCUAAUAAAGUGGCCGGUCUGUGUUUAUAUCUGUGUAAAGGCUGAACCGGAGUGAAAAGCCUUAAAUAUAGGUAUUUCUUUGUAAUGUCUAAUAAAAAUUAUAUUAACCCAA